AUGCCUGAAACCAACGGCACACAGCUUACCGAGGAGGAGAUCAAGAGCUUUGGCCCGCUGGCCAAGUCGCUCGAAGAGCGCCGAGCUGCUGGUCCCAAGGUGACAACUGCUUACCCGUCCGGCCCUCCUCAAGGCAUGCAAGCCUACCUCGGACCUUCCAUGUUCCAGCCACAUCGGGCCCGUCAAGCCAUACGAGAUGCCCACGAGAAGAAGAUCCCACCUCUUAUCGGCUUCUACGCAGGCCUAUCUUCGAUUCCGCUCAUGCGUUACAUGGCUCCCUUCGGGUUUGAUGUGGUGUGGAUUGACUGGGAGCACACUUCCUGCAACGUCGAGACCAUGACGUCUCUUGUCCACGACGCCAUCUUCAUGAGCCAGGGCAAAACCAUCCCAUUCGUUCGGGUUCCCGGCCACGACCACGCUGCCAUUGGCUUUGCCCUCGAUGCCGGCGCCAGCAUUGUCAUCCCUCAGUUGGAGACGGUCGAAGAGGCAAAGCAUGUCAUGAGCAGCUCCAAGUUCGGAACCAAGAACAGGGGCACAAGAUCAGCGCCACCCUUUCGAUUGAUUCCUACCCUCACCGAUCAGGGUUACGACGGUGCGAGAGAUGUUUGGCAGAAUUGGAACGACCAAGCGGCGGUCAUGGUUCAAAUUGAAUCCCUUGCCGGCAUCAACAACCUUGACGCCAUCCUCACCGAGUGCCCCGAUAUUGAUGUCGUGUGGCUCGGAGCGCUCGACUGCCGCAUCAGUAUGAAUCUGCCUGCAAACUUUGGAAUGGGCAGUGAGCCCGAAUGGUUGGAGGCAAAGGAGAAAUUCUACACAACAUUGAAGAAGCACAACAAGCCCCUCGCGGGCUUCUGCUUUGCACCUGGCGAUGCGCUGACCGAAGCAGCUCAGGAGCAUAGCAUGAUUCUUCACGGCGCAGAUGUCACGAAGCUUCUUGAACUUCAGCAGGAGUUGGCGAACGCCAGGGAGGCUGUAAAGGGGGUUGUAAAGCAGUAG